UAGUCUCCGAAGCCGCGGCCGGGCUUCAUCGCAUGCCAUCCGUUUUCAUCAAACAAAAACACAAAUUUAACAUCAAUUUUCGGUCCCGAACACGUCGUUAAACGCCCAAACAUUUCCCGCAAUUGUACUAUGGAAACCGGACCGUGGACGUUUGUGCCCGACGUGGCCGUUCCCAUUCAAGAAACGGUGUAAUUGUGUCUGUGUGUCAGAUGACUGUAUGUACCCCCGUCAGUCAAGGGCGGAACACUGGCAAGGACUCGGACGCAAAUGCCGGCAAAACGGCUGUUGAACGGUGGCAGGUGUUUUUGAUUUUGCUGCAUGUCGUGCACAGUUAAUGAGACGGAUGAUUGUUGCUUUGUUGAUGGUUGGGCAUCUUUAUCAGUGUCAUUGACCCCGUAACAUAAACAACGAUUGUGACUGUAACAGUUUGUUGAAUACUGUUUCCAUUUUUCAGCAUUGUCAAUGCCUAACGAGGUGUCCGGGGCAGGCACAAACGUGGUGGCGGCGGGCGCCGAGGGCGGCAAGUUGCGUUGCCCGGCGCCCAUAUCUCGCCUGCGGGUCGAGAAGAUCGAGGGCGGCCUAAUGGUGGCCGGCGUCGUAGUCGCCGCCAACUGUCAGAUCAUACUGCCCAUAUUCGGGUUCCUCUUCCUCCUCGUCGGCUGCGUCCUCACCGCGGCUUCGUACAGAGGCCCAGGCGAGGACGAGGGUCCCGAUCACUAUGCGGCCAGGAUCGCUUUCACAGGCAACUCCAGGAUCUUGGGACCGGCCUGCAUUGUUGUGGGGGUGCUGAUGUUGGUCGCCGGUUCCGUCCUGUGUAUCCUGAUAAGAAGGGCGAGACGCAGGGAGCAAACCAUCGGGUUCCACUGUCCCCUUCAUGGCGACUUCUAUCCUCUCAGUCCUGUUAGCAGCUCAAGAACUCUAGUGGGUUUGGAACGUGGAGGCAAGUGCUCAUUCUGCUGGCCACGAAAAAGAGGUCCGGGUGCAAUUGCAGUAGGUCCACCCCAGUGUCCCCACAGCCAGGUGUCAAGCACGCGGAGUUCUUUGGCGAGUUCGCCGCACAGCCAGUGCCCCACGCCCCUGCCAUUUCUAGUUAAUUCCGGUUCUGUUGGUGGAAUUGUAGCACCCAUAGGUCAGCAGUCCCCAGAUCAGACGUUCGGAUCAAUUCGUUCUCUGGCCAACAGCCGGGAAGUGGCCAGUUUUCCACUAUCAAGAACACCAACACCACCACCAAAUUCGUUUGAAAGGAGUCCAAAUCUAGUCCAAGUACCAGAUGAAGAGAAGCUCGUCGAUUCCCAGUUCGAAACGGUGCCAGUUUACAGACCUGGUCCCAGAAAGUCCGUAUCCAUCGUCCUGCCAUCGGAGGAAAAGGGAUGACCUGUGGAUUUGUAGUUUGUACUUCCUGUUGGAACCACACAUGAUCACAUUUUGUAGUAUUAGUUAAAACUUCAAUGGUCACUCGAUUCUCUCAAACUUGAAACAUUUUUUUAAUGCAUAAAAGACUAGCAUGUUAAGUUUCUUAGGUGGUAUCUACAAUGGAUUAUACAUAGGUAUAUUGUUAUUGAAUGAAUCAAUAACUAUGCGUCGUAGACUGAUAAUCGUUUUUCUAUUUGUAAGGCGUACUGCUGUUUAAUUAAUAUGCAUUCAACUGGUGCAUAUGAGGUUGAAUGGUGGUGUCAGUGAUAUUUUUAAUUUAUUUUCCAAUCUGUACAAAUUUUCACACAUUACAUUAGUUAUUAGGGCCUGUUUGCUUAGACGGUUUAAUUUUUUUCUAAUUGGCACGGUUAUUAUUAACUAGAAGAAAGAUAUAAGACUGACAAGAAAUGGAUUAAGAAUGGUACUUUUUGUAAAGGUCUUUUUAUACACAUAUCAUGUUGAAUUUGAGAAAAAUUAAACCAAAACGUUUAGAUUAUUAUUAAUCUAUUGCAGUUUUUUUUGUUAUCAUCGCACGUUCAGUUUUUUAUUGUCCGUCCCUUCUGUGCCAAAGUAAGGUUAAUAAAAAUUUGGCAUUCACUCAAAAUUACAAUUCACUUUAUUGUAUAUAAUAUUUGAACUAUGUAAAAGGAUUAUGUAUAAUUAUUUUGUUAACUAUAAAAUUUGGACGAUCCUAAAUCCCUUUUAUAAUAGGCUAUUCAAUCCUAGAAAUGGAAAAUCAAAUGAAAUCACCUUCAAAAUAAAAUUUUAUUUUGAUAAACAAAUGUUUGUUUAAUGUGGCUUCAAAAUUAUUAAUUUUUUAUUUUUAAACAAAAUUGGUUAGAUUGCCUAAUUAAUAUAGAUGUUCUCAUUAAUUAUAAUAUUUUUACCGUUUUAUAUAUAUUACAGUAAUUUUUUGUAUACAACACUAUUUUAUUUAUCCAGUUAGUACUAUACAUGACGUUAGCACUUUUCCACUCAUGUGUAUGUAUUUUCCCAUUGCAUUUUAUAUUGUAUAUUAUAGUAUAGAAUGAAUAUGACGUGAUAUGUAUCGUUAAAGUAGAAUAUAUGUUGAGGCUGACUAUAAUAAGGUAGAUAGAGUAAGUUAAAUGUAUUUACUCAACAUAUGUAUCAAAUAAGACGAUUGACAUGUUAAGAAAAUGAAUUUUACAUAUUGCUUUUGAUUAAUGUUCAUAUUAUUAGGUUUAUGUUCAAAAUUCAUUUUCGUAAUUUGUAUGUUGUAGUAAACGUUUGCUCAUAACUAUCUAAUGGAUUUAAAAAUGAAAUGUAAAUUGUUUCAUUUACCACCGUCAUUGUUUAAAAUAAAAUGAAAUAAAUAGGAGUUUUAAAUGUA